UUUACAAACACCUCUCUGCGCCCUGGACACUAACCAGCAGCAGCCACUGACAGCAGCUUGAAGCUGAGAUGUUCAGUUUGGUUCAGCUCUGAGAGGAGAGAAAAUAACGAACACUAACUCUACAACGAAGACAUUUAAAGUUUCGUUUGCAAGCUGUGAAGUAUUUAAGUGAUUUGACAUCGGCGUCUUUGAUCUAUCAGAAAUAAAGGCAUUUCGUAGACUGAAGAGAAUCUGACCAACUUCGGUUGUAAUGGAUCGAUAGUGCUAGCAGCUGCAUUCUUCAAAACAGUAGGAAGCAACGCAAGGAUUUAUAAAUGGAGACGGUCCCUGAUCUUCUUGUUAACCUCACUGCAAUAGCAAAUCCGCUCGGUGCAGCCAACACCAAAAGUAAGACGGAGAGCUGCAGGAAUGAGAGCUGUGAGCAGUUCUUCCGGCCACCCAGAGAUCUGGACCAAACGGUGCGGAUUUUCCUGUACUGUCUGUUUUUUAUCAUGAGUGUGCUUGGCAAUGUUCUGAUCAUCACUGUCCUCCUGCGGAACAAGCGACUGCGGACUGUUACCAACUCGUUCCUGCUCUCGCUGGCCACCAGUGACCUGAUGCUGUGCCUCUUCUGCAUGCCCUUCACCCUCAUCCCAAACCUGCUGAAGGAUUUCAUUUUCGGAAGCGCUGUUUGCAAAGCUGUCUCUUACUUCAUGGGUAUCUCUGUUAGUGUUUCCACCUUCAGUUUGGUAGCCAUUUCUUUGGAGAGAUACAGUGCUAUCUGUAAACCGCUGAAGUCCAGGGUCUGGCAAACGAAGUCUCAUGCCUUCAAAGUGAUCGCUGCCACUUGGCUGCUCUCCAUUAUUAUCAUGUUGCCGUAUCCCAUUUACAACACUCUGGUACCAUUCACCAGGGUCAACAACAGCACAGGCAACAUGUGCCGUCUCCUCUGGCCAAAUGACAUGACACAACAGUCCUGGUAUAUUUUCCUGUUGCUGAUUCUGUUUCUGGUCCCUGGAAUAGUGAUGAUGGUAGCUUACGGACUGAUUUCUCGCGAAUUAUACAGUGGGAUUUGGUUCGAAAUGAAUCGGAGAAAGAGGAACCAAGUGAGAAGGCUCAGUGACAGAAAGUAUGAAGAUGGGGAUGGAUGCUACAUACAGAGCAUCAAACGGAAAAGGACCAUUGAGAUGCAGAGAUUGUCAAGCAGCGACUGUGCAAAACCCGUCAGGCCAAGGAGCAACAGCUCAUCUGCUAAUUUAUUGGCGAAGAAACGAGUCAUUCGGAUGCUGAUUGUGAUCGUGAUCAUGUUUUUUAUCUGUUGGACGCCUAUUUUCUGUGUCAAUGCUUGGCGAGCGUUUGAUAAAAUCUCGGCGGACAGGCUGCUGUCCGGGACCCCGAUUUCAUUCAUCCACUUGCUGUCCUACACAUCGGCCUGUGUCAACCCCAUCAUUUACUGCUUCAUGAACAAACGCUUCCGCAUGGCCGCCCUCGCCACUUGCUGCUUUCGGGCCAACGCGCCGCCUGCAAACAGAGAGACUGAGGAAGACAGGCACACCACCACUGGCUCCGUCUCCAGGUGCACCUACACCAGUGUCACUGUGUCCUGAGCGGAGCACCCACACCCAGCACCCUGCCCUGCCGCCCCUUUAUAGCGAUCUGAGACUGGGAAGCGACUUUUGGUCGUCAGAGAGACUUGGUGCUGUCUUGCCCAUUCAUUUCUCAUUCAAUAAUCAAUAAAGGACGUACAAGGAUCGCUUCAAGAGUGACAAAAAUGAUAGGGCCAUAACCUAAAGAGGAGGCUCUUUGACAGAGGAGAAAAAAUCAUCUCUCUGAUCAAAGCUCAUGGAAAUUUUCACUAUUUGGAUCAUUCCCCAAACAAUGAUGAUCCUGAGAAUCAACAUGCAGUUUAUCGUGGGGGUGGGGCCGGAGAUAAGCAGCGUUGCAAGAGGCUAUGGCUUCCACCCCCCCCUAGUGGCGACUUGCUCAGAGCCUCCAGUGCCCAGCUCUGAGCUAGUGCUCCUGCGCGUCAACAUUACAGGCCCUGCCACUGGUGUACACCGAAACCAAUCUCCCAACCGAAAACCUGCUGCCAGGCUGUUAGAAAUAGCUGUACAGCUUACACGGCAUGUCCUUGACAGGGCUGAUAGCUUUGAUUUCUGUGUAAUGAAACAUUUGCAAGUCGGUGAGAUCCGUGCAGCUGUUUAAUCGAAAUUCUGUUCAAGAAGUGGCG